GGCCAGGGCACUUCCGGGAGCUCCCAAAAGGGCCCUGGGGCCGCAGCUGGAAGGAGUUUUCACACGUGGAUGGUGGUUCUGGUGGGCGAGAUGGAGAUGGUCCCCAAGCCUCGCAGCCAUGCCCCCGCUAAGAAAGACAGGCUUCGGGCCAAGAGGAAGAAGCCGCGGCGGUACUGGGAGCAGGAGAGCGGCGCUUCUCCGGGGCCUCCGCCUAAGAAGAGGAGCUCUCGCCCGGCGCGCCCCAGGAGCUCGCAGGUCUUGAGGAGGUCCCGCAUCUCCAGAAAGGCCCAGGUCCCGAAGCCCGAGCGGAGGAAGCCCGAGCAGACCUUGUCCGGGGCCCAGGACCCGUUCCCAGGACCCGCCCCCGCCCCCCUGGAGGUGUCUCGGAAGUUCCGUCGGAUUGACAAAUCCAAACCGCUCCCGUCUCCUAAGUCGAAAACCCGAAGCCGACUGGAGGCGGCAGAAGCUGAGGAAGAGGAGGCAAGUGUCAGGGCUGCUCGCUCUGAGCUGCUGCUCGCCGAACAACCCGGGUUUCUGGAAGGGGAAGAUGGGGAAGACACAGCAAAGAUCCUCCAGGCUGACAUCGUGGAGGCAGUGGACAUCGCAAGCGCUGCCAAGCACUUUGACUUGAAUCUGAGGCAGUUUGGACCCUACAGGCUGAACUACUCUCGAACCGGAAGACACCUGGCUUUAGGAGGUCGUCGGGGUCACGUGGCUGCCCUUGAUUGGGUGACGAAGCAGCUCAUGUGUGAGAUCAAUGUCAUGGAAGCAGUGCGAGACAUCCAGUUUCUCCAUUCCGAGGCGCUACUUGCUGUCGCUCAAAACCGCUGGCUUUACAUCUAUGACAACCAGGGCAUUGAACUCCAUUGCGUUCGCCGGUGUGACCGAGUAACUCGGCUUGAGUUCCUCCCCUUCCAUUUCCUCCUGGCUACGGCUUCAGAGACGGGGUUUCUGACCUACCUGGACGUGUCAGUGGGGAAGAUUGUGGCCGCUCUGAAUGCUCGGGCUGGACGGCUCAGUGUCAUGGCUCAGAACCCUUACAACGCAGUCAUCCAUCUUGGACACAGCAAUGGCACAGUGUCUUUAUGGAGCCCAGCAGUGAAGGAGCCACUGGCAAAGAUUCUUUGUCACCGAGGUGGGAUCCGUGCUGUGGCAGUGGAUUCUACAGGCACGUACAUGGCCACCUCUGGCCUGGACCACCAGCUGAAGAUCUUUGACUUGCGGGGGACUUACCAGCCUCUGAGUGCUCGGACUCUGCCCCAGGGAGCAGGACACCUCGCCUUUUCCCAGCGAGGACUGUUGGUUGCAGGAAUGGGUGAUGUUGUCAGUAUUUGGAAAGGGCCUGGCAAAGCCAGCCCACCUUCCCUGGAGCAGCCCUACCUCACUCACCGGCUCUCGGGUCAUGUACACGGACUCCAGUUCUGCCCCUUUGAAGAUGUGUUGGGAGUUGGGCACAGUGGGGGCAUCACCAGCAUGUUGGUCCCUGGGGCUGCUGAACCCAACUUUGAUGGCCUGGAGAAUAACCCUUACAGGAGCCGGAAGCAGCGCCAGGAGUGGGAGGUGAAGGCCCUGCUGGAGAAGAUACCCGCAGAACUCAUCUGUCUGGACCCCAGAGCCCUGGCGGAGGUAGACGUCAUCUCUUUGGAGCAGCGAAAGAAGGAGCGGAUAGAGAGGCUGGGCUACGACCCCGACGCCAAGGCUACUUUCCAGCCAAAGCUGAAGCAGAAGGGCCGAAGCUCUACAGCCAGCCUGGUGAAGAGGAGGAGGAAGGUCCUGGACAAGGAGCACAGGGACAAAGUCCGCCAGAGCCUCGAGGAGCAGGAGCAGCAGCAGCAGCAGCAAGAGAAGACCAAGCCCCCAGGGACCCGGCCAUCUGCGCUGGACAGAUUUGUGCACUGAGGCCAAGACAACAGUCCCCAGGGAGACCCAUGGGGAAUUAAUUGGUGCCUCUGCUUGCUUUCCUAACUGGGGCCCCACUGCUGGGUCCUUGAAUGGAUUGCUAUUAAAGAAAGUGAGCUUUUUA